AUGACCGAAGGACUUCCUGAAACCACUCACUGGGUCGAUUCCGAAUGCUCGGUCCUCAAUAUCAACAACCUCUCAGUCUCCCUCAACGAUGUCAAGCGCGCCAUCCAGAGCACCUUUGAGCAUAUUGGCACUCUUUUGGGACAACUCUCUCAGCAUGUCACGCUACCUCCUUUUGAGCGGGUUGCUUAUCAGGACUCUCCCCACGUCACCGACAUUGGCUUCAAUUACUUGAAGGCUUCAGAAGCUUAUCACAAGCUCUAUGACGAUCGGUACUUGGUGAACGCUUUGUUACGCAACAGAGACCCUUGGGGCUUUUACCGGGACGAUGAAAGAUGGAACUACUCAGCAGUUCAGAAAUGGCUCGACUUGUCAGACGAGCUCACUCAAUCUCUCUACUUUUGCUUUCAUUGCGGGUGUGGUCAACCGGCUCGAGGAACCGAAGAGAUGUCAAUCAAGAUUAUCAACACCCCUGAAGGCAUCCGCAACGUUUUUUGGCGAGGACAAUCAUUUAUGAUCCGCACCACCUAUCACAAAGGCCAGUCCAUGUCAGGCCAUGGAAAGAACAGAGUGACAUUUCUGCCUGGUUUGCUCUCUCAGCAUCUCCAUCACUACUUGGCUUUUAUCCGCCCAGCUCAAAUUUGUUUGCUCCAGGCAGUCAACAAACUUGACCAUGUCGAACAACUCUUGACUCAUCUCUGGGUCAAUACCUCGACGGGUCUUAUGAAUACGCAGGCGUUGAGUUCAGCCCUUCACAAAACAUUUGUUCGACACGGUUUAGCCCCCUUGGGAGUCGCUGCUUGGAGGCAUCUUUCAGUGGCUAUUGACUGGGAUUACAGCGACCCUGCCCCUCCCUCAAUCACACCGGUGAUUCAGGUGUCAGCUUCUCUAUUGGCCAAGCAAGCUUUGCAAAGGUUUACCCACAAUCCAUCAGCCAAUUGGAAAUCUCCUUUCCAGGAACGCUGGAUGACGGCCAUCUUGGAGGCCAAAGAGGAUCUCCUCGUUGUUGCUCGGACAGGCGGUGGAAAGUCUUUGGGUUAUCUCCUGCCGCCUUUGGUCGAAUCAAAUCGGGUCACAGUAGUCAUCCAGCCCCUUAAGGCUUUGGGUUUAGAGACUAUGGACAUCUUGGCGCAACAUCACAUCCAGGCGGUUUACAUUGAUCAAGUUUCGGGGAUUUCAAUUUCUCACCAAACUCAAGUCGUUGUCGUUUCCGUCGAGGCUGCAUCUCAGAUAGGAUUUUUCACUGCGAUCCGCGCUAUCAAUCCACAUCGGUUUAUUAUUGAUGAAGCGCAUCAAUACCUUGAUGAUCGAACCUAUCGAAACUACAUGGCUGGGGUUGCACGAUUGCGCAGUAUUACUGGCCAGUUUGUCCUCAUGACUGGCUCCUUGGCACCAUCCAAACAACAAGAGUUGCUCCAGGGAGUCUUCAAUCUGGUCCAAGUCAAAUCAUUCCGAGAAUCGACCGUGCGACCCGAACUUCUUUGGGAUAUCAAAAACCGACAAUUGGGAUGUGCUGCGGAUAUGUUUGGAUUAGUCCUUCAAGAAUGGAAGGAGGGUUGCCAAGGUGAAGACAAGUCUAGGGCCAUGGUGUUUAUUCAAUCACACAAGGGGGUCACUGAAUUGGCUGGGAUGUUGGAGGAGGAAAAGAUACCCGUGGCAUAUUAUCAUGCUGGACUGGACUCGGACGUGGCAGCGGCUCAGGCUAGCAAAUGGGGUUCUACUGGUCGAUGUGUUAUGGUGGCCACCUGUGCAUUUGGAACCGGAAUCAACUAUCCUCAUGUUCGGAGGGUGAUGGUGUUGGGGAUUCCAAAUAUGGACAACAUCAACCAAGUCUUCCAGCAAGCAGGCCGAGCCGGACGAGAUGGACGCCACGCCAAAGUGAUCUUGGUUUCUCAACAUCACAGCGUUUGGACUCCGGAUCAACUGACAGCCAAUCUGCUCAACCCAGGUGCCUGUCCUGUGCACACUAUUUCCAGUGUGCUCGAUGAAACCCCAUCCUCUUGUUUAAGUCCUGGGAUGUUGGCAAAGUGUUCAAAGUGUGCCACAAUCGGCGGGCGACCAAGCGAAUCAACCGCAACUCAAGGGACUUCUCUUUCAACUACUACGGGUGUUCACGGUCAAGAUAUGGAUAUUGAUCUUCCCAGAUUGGGCUCCCUCGCAACAUCAAGCUCUCGUCCUCAACCCCCACAGCAAGGUCUUACUCUGGCCCGUCAACGGCCAGCUCCUGGCGGUCUCAUCACCCCUCGCACGAUUCCACAGGUCCCUAAUACUAAUCAAGUGCAUGCAACAGCUCUCCUCACAAAUGAACACAGACUAGCUGUGGGAAUUGCCGAUUUGCUCAAGCGAUUUGCAAAUUGUUGUGCCGAACACUUUACCAAGUCUUGUGUGGUGCCUCGGAUGUCGGCGAUCCUUCGACGGAAAUGGAUACGCAAUGUGUGCUACCAAUGUGGACUAAGUGCUGGGGCAUUGGAUCUCUUUGUGUUUCAUGAGCCACCAGCAGGUGGCAAUUGCAGGUCGGGCAUGAGUGACACGGCACACGAAUUCUGUUGGUUUGUUUAUCAUCGUCGCCGGGAGUUGUUGGCAAGAUACUUUGAUGAUCCCCAGGCCCUAACCCCACGUGCCUUUGAGAUAAUGAGAGUAGUUAAUACCUAUCUUUCGAUGUAUUACGUGUACAUUGGACAUGAUGGUUCAUUGAGCCAUCUGGUACUCUCAGUUUCAAUGUGA